AUGUCAUCAUCUGAAUUAAGCUUAGCUUCAGGUGUUCUUAAUAUAGGAAUCACAAUUGGAGGUUCAUUGGCAUCUCUCAAUCCCUUAAUCGGUGCCAUUUCUGAAAUUUUGAAUAAAAUAUCUCAAAUAAAUGAACAAGCCCAAUAUAAUAAAAAAAUUUCGAGAACUAUUCUAGGUCGUUUAUUACCAGUAGAAGCGGCCAUAAAAUUCUUAUUACUUAAAAAGGAAGAUUUUGCCGAAAAAUUGGCGGAUUUAAAAUAUCAAGAAGCAUUACAUACACUCAAAAAUGUGUUAGACAAGAUAAAAGACUUUACUGAGCAAGUGACUCAGUUAAGGGGACUUGAAAAGAUUAUGCACGCUCAUUCUAUAGAAAAGACCUAUAAGGAAUUGAUGGAAGAGUAUGAAUCGUGUUUGAACAGUUUAAAGUUUACCAUGAUCAUUGGUUUUGAUGAACUAAAAAGAAUUGAGAAUGAAUCUUUAAAAAACGAUAUCGCAGAAACAAGAAAGGGUUUUGCCAGUUAUUCUAAAGAGCAAACGAAUAUUGUUUACCAAGAAAUUCAUCAGCUCAAAAAGAGAAUCGAUUCGGAUGACCCAAUAGAUAUACGAGUAAUUAAACCAGGCUUAUUACAAGAACUACCAUACGGUAAUGAAUGUCAUCUUGAUCCAAAUGACAGUACUAAUAAAGUUAUUAAAAAUGAAUUUAAAUCUUUAAUUCAACUCGGUAAUUAA